AUGGUGACUCGUGCCCGGACCGGUGCGCUCCGCCCGAGUAAGUGGUACUCCGCCGACGAGUAUCUUCUCGUGGCUUCCACGUCGGCACCGUCUCCCCUCCCAUCGUCGGCUCGAGCGGCUCUUCGUGACCCUCAUUGGCUCGCCGCGAUGCAGGAGGAGUUUGACGCUCUUCAGUGCAACCGCACCAUGGCACGUGCCGGUGUGGAUUUCACCGACACCUUCGCCGCGGUUGUCAAACCGGGCACCAUCCGCACUGUUCUGCAGCUGGCGGUCUCCCACUCGUGGCACGUCCACCAGAUGGAUGUCUCCAACGCGUUCCUUCAUGGCCAUCUCGCCGAGCAGGUCUACUGUCAGCAGCCCAUCAGGCAGUGCCUGCUCUCGUGCUCACUCUACCCGCUCUCGCAGGCCCCUCGUGCUUGGUACCAGCGUAUUGCUGCAUUCCUUCAGCAGCUUGGCUUCCAAGCCACUCGCUCGGAUGCCUCUCUGUUUAUAUACCAGCACGCUAGUGGGACGGCUUAUCUGCUGCUCUACGUUGACGACAUCAUCCUGACCGCUUCCUCGACCGAGCUUCUUCGUCAGCUCACGGCUUGCCUCGGCACCGAGUUCGCCAUGAAGGACCUCGGUCCUUUGCACUACUUCCUCGCGAUCGAGGUAGUGCGGCGUGCGGACGGGUUCUUUCUUCAUCAGCAGCAGUAUGCCCAGGAGUUACUCGAGCGCGCCGGCAUGCUUAACUGCAAGCCUGCACCUAUGCCUAUCGACACGAAGGCCAAGGUCUCUGCUCUUGAGGGUACUCCGUCACAGGACGCCGCCUUCUACAGGUCCAUCAUCGGUGCUCUUCAGUACUUGACGCUCACUCGGCCCGACUUGCAGUACGCAGUUCAGCUGGUGUGCUUACACGUGCACGCUCCACGUGAUUCUCGCUGGUCCUUGGUGAAGCGGAUCAUUCGUUACAUCCGCGGCACCAUGGCUCUGGGUCUCACAUUGACGGCGUCCUCUUCCACUGACCCGGUGGCUUACUCAGAUGCCGACUGGGUUGGCUGUCCUGACACUCGUCGCUCCACCUCCGGCUAUUGCGUCUACCUCGGGCCCUCUCUCAUCUUGUGGUCGUCUAAAUGA